UUGCCGUCUCGGAUCCCAGCAGCAGCAGCAACUGAGAGAGAGAGAGACACAUACACAGAGAGGGAGCAGCGGAUUGAAAAGCACCAGCCAUUUACCUCCAACAGCCAAAUUCCAAGCACCAACAAUGUUACAAACCAGGAUUUUCCUAACCGGGCUACUCUUUAUUAGCACCACAGCCGCACUGCAAGUUGAUAUCAUGCCAUCCCAAGGAGAGGUCAGUGUGGGAGAUUCCAAAUUUUUUCUAUGCACUGCGACUGGAGAUGUUAGCAGCAUUUCCUGGUAUCUGCCGAAUGGACAAAAAAUUGAUCCAAAUCAACAACGGAUUGCUGUUGCGACAGUAAAUGAAAUAUCCUCCAGCCUGACUCUCUACAGUGCCAGAAUUGAUGAUGCUGGCAUUUACAAAUGUGUGGCAACAUCAAAAGAUGGGAACGACUCGGAGGCUACGGUUAAUGUUAAGAUCUACCAGAAACUUGAAUUCAGAAAUGCCCCUUCACCACAGGAGUUCAAAGUGGGUGAUGAUGCCGUUGUCAUUUGUGAUUCUGUCAGUUCACCUCCACCGACCAUCACCUGGAAACACAGAGGCAGAGACGUCCUAAUGAAGAAAGACGAUCGUUUUACUAUGCUUCCCAACCACUACUUGCAAAUUCGCCGUAUUAAGAAGACAGAUGAAGGGACUUACAGAUGUGAAGGAAUAAUUGCUGCCCGUGGUGAAAUCAAAUUCAAGGAUAUAAGAGUUAUUGUUAAUGUUCCUCCCAGCAUACAUCCCCGAGACAUGGUAGUGAAUGCCACAGCGCACAGUGGCCAGUCUGUGACAUUGACUUGUGAUUCAGAUGGAUUCCCACAGCCAGAGGUGACCUGGAUGAGAGAUGAUGUGGUAAUUGAAGCAGAUGGGGAUAAAUACAUUAUGAAUGAAGAUGGUUCUGAACUCACAAUCAACAAAAUCAGUAAAAGAGAUGACGGAGAUUACAUCUGCAUUGCACAGAAUAAGGCUGGAGACGCUGAGCUUGAGAUCACUCUCCGAGUGUUUGUGAAACCUGAAAUUACAUAUGUGGAAAACAAGACUGCAGUAGAGCUGGAAGAACAGAUUACAUUGACCUGUGAGGCUAAGGGUGACCCUACCCCAACCAUUGUCUGGAUGAAAGGCACUCACACCUACAAGGAUGGAGAACAGACCAUGGAUGGAAGAAUUGAAGUUCAAAGCCAUGCAAGAGUUUCCUCCUUGACUCUCAAGGACAUUCAGCAUACAGAUUCUGGAGAAUAUAUCUGCAAGGCGAAGAAUUCAAUUGGCCAGGACUCUGAGUCAAUGUACUUGGAAGUACAGUAUGCUCCAAAGCUGCAAGGCACAGUGACUGUCUACACCUGGGAGGGUAACGCUGUGAAUAUUACCUGUGAGGUUCUGGCUCAUCCUGUUGCUCUUGUUACCUGGUUUAGAGAUGGACAGCAAUUACCAAGCUCCAACUACAGCAGCAUUAAGAUUUACAGCACACGAUCCACCAACUACCUUCAGGUCACACCUGAUUCAGAGAACGACUUUGGCCCAUACAACUGCACAGCGAGCAACCGUGUCGGUGUAGAAUCUAAAGAAUUUAUCCUCGUGCAAGCUGAGACCCCGUCUGCUCCCACAAUCCUGGAUACAGUACCCUAUUCCAGUACUGUGCAAGUUAAGGUUGAAGAACCCGAAUCAACUGGUGGUGUGCCAAUUCUGAAAUACUUGGUGGAAUGGAAAGAGAAGGACACUGAAGAAUGGUUCACCAAGAAUGCUGAUGCAAGGGAAGUCCUACGUUCAGAUAAUGUGAUUAUGGUGAGUGGACUAACCCCAGAAACCAUGUAUAGUCUGCGGUUAUCUGCUAUCAAUGGAAAAGGAAUUGGUGAUGCCAGCCAGAUCACUAAGUUCAAGACAGAACCAGUUCUAUUCACUGUUGAGCGAACCACUCUGCCUCCAUCUUCUUUUUCACCACCUGAUUCAGCUAGAGAACCAAGUCCACCAAAACUUGAAGGAAAAGUGCUCGGAAGUGGAAAUGUCUUCAAAGUAAAUUGGAUCAAGCAGGAUGAUGGUGGUUCCCCUAUCCAACAUUAUUUGGUCAGAUACAAAGCUAAGCAUCACUCCGACUGGAAACCUGAGAUGCGAUUACCAUCUGACAGUGAAUAUGUUAUUCUCGCAAAUCUGGAAUGGAACUCUGAAUAUGAAGUUUACGUUGUUGCUGAGAACCUGCAAGGCAAGUCAGAAGCUGGUUCUGUCUCCUUCCGGACCUCAGUAGAACCCACUGUCAUUCCAGUUGAUUCAUCAGUUGGUUCAGGUCUGGGGACUGGCGCCAUUGUUGGCAUCCUUAUUGUCGUCUUCCUCAUCUUGCUCGUUGCUGUUGAUGUCACCUGCUACUUCAUUAAUAAGUGUGGCCUGCUGAUGUGCAUUGCUGUUAAUUUCUGUGGGCAGCCUGGUCCAGGAUCCAAGGGAAAGGACAUGGAAGAAGGAAAAGCUGCUUUCUCGAAAGACGAAUCAAAGGAGCCGAUUGUGGAGGUACGGACUGAGGAAGAACGAACUCCCAAUCAUGAUGGUGGAAGCCAAACUGAACCCAAUGAAACCACACCACUGACAGAGCCUGAGCAUGCAGCAGAUACCCAGGCUACUGUCGAAGACAUGUUGCCUUCUGUCACCACAGUAACCACUAACUCUGACACUAUCACUGAAACUUUUGCCACUGCUCAAAACAGUCCAACGAGUGAAACGACAACACUCACUUCCAGUGCUGCACUCCCAGCCUCAACCACACCUGAGCCAUCACCAGCUUCAGCUGCUCCACCUCACUCACCCAAGGCAGCUGUAGCAUCACCUACUUCACCUUCCACCAAGUCUCAAACCGAGACCGCUCCCGUUGUUGCGCCCCUUGUUGAUCUUAGUGAUGCCCCAGUCUCUGUUUCUGCAACUCCUGCUUCUGCCCCAGUCUCGGUUUCUUCGCCGCCUUCUUCCACCCCAACCUCCAGUCCUGCCAAUAACAAAUCCGGUCCAGUUCCCAGCCCCGGAAACCCAGCCAGUCCCCCGGCUACAUCGGCACAGCAGCAACCCAAGCCAGAAGCUCCAACGACUACCAAGAGCCCAGAAAUAGAAGCUGCAAAACCUAACCUAGUGAAGAGUCCUGUGGAGCCAACAAAUAACUCCACCAGUGUGAAGAAUGAGGCUGCUACAGACAGCAGCAAAAAACCCUCCCAGGGUGAGGACUUUCCAGUUGACGGAGGGACCUUCAAGACCUCAGACAUUGACCUUGCAAAGGAUGUUUUUGCAGCUCUUGGCACUUCUUCUCUUCCCACUAUGGCUGGUGGGAAAGCUGCUGACCUUGCUCCUUCCAUUGCAGACGCCGCUUUACCAUCUGCUCCGGCAAAGGAAGAGAAGGUCCCAUUAGAGGACAAGCCCAAACAAGAGGGGACAGAAGUAAAGACGGUUCCUAAUGAAGCCUCACAAACAAAUGAGAAUGAAAGCAAAGCAUGAUCAAAAAAACACACACACAGAUACCGGUUUCCCUUCAGUGUCUCUUUUAUUAUUUUUGAACAUGUUUUCCUGUUUGUAGGUUUCAGCUGAGAAGGGGAUCAAUUGUGGCACACUUGCUUUUUGUAAAAUUCCUUCAUUAAAGGAUUGACCACAUAAUUGAAAUUGGUACUUGUUGGAAAAAAAAACAACCUGGGAUAUUUUAAUUGUAGUUACCAUUUUUCACUGCGCUUAGCAAGAAUUGUGAUUUUUAGAUAAUGUGUGCAUUCUUCAGUUAGAAAGCACUGAGAUACUCCUUCCGUUUCUCCCUAUGUUAGUAGAGUGAACAGUUGAAACAAAAGAAAGAGUUUUCGGUACAUACCUGUAGAAAUGGCCACAACUGAUUUUUAUCUUCUUACUUUUUUCAAAGUUAAAAAUUAUACUGAUUAAAACACAGCUUUAUAAAUUACCGUUGUAAGGCUAGAAAUGUGAUUGCUUCACCAUUCAUACAAGUACGUUAUGUGCACAAAGCAUUGCUAUCUUAACCUGUUUAUAAUUUUUUUUAUUUGCAAGUUUUGAUCCUGAGUUAGCUGUUCACUAAACAGAAGGUUUGUAAAUUUGCAUAUGUGAAGUAUAUUUCAAUUUGCAGUAUUCAAUUUUAAGAAAUGAAUAUUAAUUUUUGCCAACUUUUAUUUUCAGUGUU